CGCUUCUUCCGACUAGGAACGCGGAAUUUGUCACUUCACAGUCCUACGAAGUUGUGCCUAGCACGAAAUCGCCCUUCAUUUUUAAUUGAAUCGAUCCUCAUGUCUACACGCGUUGCUUUCAUUCACGCGUCAAUAGCGUGUUAUUACUGGACGCACAAAGGGAAUUACUAAAUAUUUACGAGAUCGUAACAUAGCGAUGGCCGCACACAGCGACCGAGUCUGUGCAACGGGAAGCUAGCCGGUGAAGCUAGUGCUAGCCAUAGCUAAGUUGAGUGCGUUUUGAUGAGGACAACGUCAAACAAGAAGCUCUCGACAUGGAAGCUGCAAGAGUGCGCAAUUCCGGUGCCUCGUUUGAGGCUGUGCUGGAUACGAAGUUACUAAAUGUGACGAAUACAAUGGAUUCCAUUCAAGGGCUGUCAACGUGGUGUAUCGAGUACAAGAAGUACCACAACAUGAUCGUGCGACAGUGGAUCAAGUGUUUGAAGAAAUCGAACACAGCACACAAGCUCAACCUGUUUUACCUGGCCAAUGAUGUCAUUCAGAACUGCAAAAGGAAAAAUGCUCUGGUCUACCGUACUUCAUUUGCCGAUGUGCUCCCUGAGGCCUUUGUGCUGAUCAAACAAGAAGGUGACGCAAAGGUGGUGACAUCGGUGCAGAGGAUACUGACCAUCUGGCAGGAGAGAAGCGUCUAUACAGAUGCUGCCGUUGCUGAGCUCAGGGGCAUCCUCGUCAAAGAGGAGACCCCGCCUGUGACACCCGUGGAGCAAAAAACUCCAGUUGAGUCCAAGGCAGAUAUCCAGUCCAAGAUUGUUGCAGAAUUUGUGCCCCCGUCCUUCAUUGAGCAACUGUCGAAAUACAAGAGGUCUCUGGAGGAUGUGGAGCUUCGAGAAAAGCAAUUGGCAGCCAUGAGGGUUGACAUCUGCAGUUCUGAAACCCUCAAGAAGCUGAAAGAUAAGGCAGGAGGAAAGAAGUUCUCCCGGGACUUUGAGGAAGGCAAUGCGCAGCUCCAAGAGUUUGUCAAGUUCUUUGACAAACAAAAUAAAACGGGACCGCUCCUCCUGGAAGCCCUGAGCAAUGCCGAUAUCUUCUAUGAGAUGCAGUACAAGGAGGUCAAGAUUGUUGCCAACGCCUACCAGACGUUUGCUAACCGAGUGAACCACCUGAAGCGCAAGCUGGACCACCUCAAAGCGACCUUACCAGACCUGGACGAUUCGCCUAUUCCCUCACCCUCUGCGGACGCGCCAUCUCCAACGGGCUCCGAAUCUCCUUUCCACGACCUGGAAGUGGCCAAGCCUCAUCCAGACAUGGACUCCUCCGCUUUGGAGGACGAAACGGAACCUCCGGCCCCAAGUCCUUUGUCUUCGAUUGGCGAUUCCCCAAAACGAGUGCCCAAUAGUGGCGACGAUAACGUUAACCGGGAAGUGGAGGACAUGGAGCUGUCUGAUGACGAAAUAGUCAGCGGAAGCAUCAUAGUUGAGGAGCAAGCGAAGAGCUCUGGGCCAAAAUUGGAGGUGUCUAAUCCCAUGAGCAAAAAGACCGAGCCAUCAGUAGCGGCAGAGCAGCACGCCUCAUCGGAUGGCGCAUCUGGAAGUCUGGAAAAUAUUGACCUGGGUAAAAUCGGCUCUAUCCUCAACAGUUUUAACGCAGCCAUGAAAAACACAGGAGCGCCAGGGGAGAGCCGCUGCUCAUCAGCUGAGACGUUAGCUCCCUCCUCCGACGAUGCCACCGCCUUGGUGGACAUACUGGCGCAGGUGGACAUGAGUCCCGCCGAGCUCCUUAACGCUCUGACUAAAGUCCAAGCCCAAAGUGGCCUUGCCGGCAUCACUUCUCUUCUGAGCAGCCCCGCUGAAAAGGACCCGGAAGAAUCCUCCCGCACAGGCGAGCCUUCUCCCUCAGCCUCAUUCACAUCAGCUUCAGCGGCUCCCAAUCAGGGUUCCACUCCCUUCCACUCUGCUACGCCGGCGCCCUCCACGCCGUCAGACGUCCCCGAAAUGCCCACCGCUGCCCCGACGCCGGAAGUACCCGGAGAAACGCCCCCGACAGCAGGAACGGCAGACGUUGCUAAAGCAGACAGUUUAGAAUCCAAAAUUCACAACUUCCUUCAUGGCAAUCCUGCUUUUAGCAACUUUGACCUUAGUUUCGCCCUUCACCUCCCCAAUAGGGCGGAUAACUCCAGCCCGGUAAGAGGAAGCGACACGCAGGGCGGAACACCGGUGCGUGACGAAGGCGGAGGCACCCCCACCCAAGAUGAGGUGAUGGACGUGACCAUGGGGCUCCCGAGGUCUUUAGGCGCAAACCCAGACAGCGGGAUGCCGGCUCCGUUCGCUUUCCGGGAAAAUACUCCUCAGAACCCAGAGAGCGCCACCCUACGAGGCCACUUGCGGCCGGGUGCGGCCCAGAACGGCCAACUGUACCAAACGUACCCGUACGCUGAGAACAAUGCGUCCGAUCCCGCCACAGGCGGCGGCGCGCAGGCCUUUCGGGGGAUGGCCGAUAGGGCUUGGUACGAUGAGGGGGGCUUGCAGCAGCAGCCCGCCGCGGGCUACAAUGUUUCCGUGCCCGCUUGUAACCAAACAUUUGAGUACCAAGCACAAGCAGUGACCGAAUCGAAAGGCUUUCAACAAGCCUCCGAUUUCUUCAAAAACCUCCUUCCUCCUGUCCCCAAGUUACCUCCCCCUCCCACCCUCCAAGCAGUUUUGGCGACUCCAGCCGAACAGCAGGCGGCGCCCCCCCACGCGGACGUGACCCAAGCGGAACCGAGUCGAGGUUUCCCCGGCAUGGUGGUCCACGAUCACGGACACAAGUCAGCCUUUCGUUCAGAUGAAUCGUUGUACGACGAGCAGGGCUCAACUCCGGACCACAUGCGUUACCCACAAGAGCACGAGGAUUACAGCCCUUACGAGCGCCCCGAGGCCCCUUUCUACCCACGGGGGGGCAGCCCUCAGCAUACCCUCCUCCGAGGCAGGGGGGGGCGCUUUGCCUCUUCCUCGCUGGAUUCUUUUAACAACCCGAGACGGAGCCCCCCUCAUCCUCACUUUGCGCCCAGGCGGCCGCCGCCGCCGCCGUCCCAUUUCCCGAUGCGUCCCCCCGGCAUGCGACUUCUCCAUCGGGUCCCUCGGCCCGGUCAACCCCCGUUUCCCAGGGGUCCCCCACGUCCACCGUUUGCUAAUUUUCCGGGGCCUGAUCCGAGACUAAGGGGCAAGCGACCCGUUCCCAGGGGAGGGCUAUAUCCCGGUCCCAUGUUUGCUCCCAAAAGAGCCUUCCCGCCCCCACGCUACUGACUGGACUAAGCUUCCUUACCCGCAGUGGGAGGUCAAAUGUGAAAAGGCCGAAGGGCAAAAUCACUCAGACGCUAAAUUAGUGCCGAUGAAGCAAAACCACUGUCCAGACCUGAAAUAACAAAGACUGAGAAAGAACGAGAACUACAGACUCCAAAAGGCAGAAGCACCCGGAAGAGUGGUGAAGACAGAAGAUUACCGAAAAUAAAAGGUGGAUAUCUACUUUUUCUUUUCACACUUUUGAAGUUUUCUUUUUCCCCGUAAUUAUGUAUAAAUCAGUCAUCCAUCAGUGUUUGAUUUCGGUUCAGUGUGUGUGCACGCGCUGGUAGCCAGCGAACGUAUCUUUAGCCAGGAGAGUGUCAAAAGUGCGUGUUCAGUGCUUCAUCUUUGCAUCUGCCAUUUGUUUUCAAGUUGAUUUCAUUCACACCAUCCAUCUUAAAGCACCCGUUGGAGAGUUCCCUUUUUUUUUCGACAGGUUGUGUUCCUCCUACAAUUCACGUUAGCUAUUUCACCGUUGACGUUUAUAGUCGUGAAGCGAUGGUCUCUCCGUUAUCCUUUUGCCGCGUUGAGAGGCGACCCCUUUUGACUUAAAAGGAGACGAGGAGCGAGGGAAUUUUUUUUCCCCCCACCCUACGCUGAAGCGCUGACGUUUCGGAAGGGGACGGAAGAUGCUUCACUUUCACUUUAUUUGUACGGUUGAAUAAACGUUUGAUUUUGAAA